GGUAGGGUGUCCGAGAAAGCGGCUCUGAGCUGCCAAGGAUUUCCCAGAGUCAGUCAGGUAGCACUUUGAGGAUGGAGCUGUCGCGGGGAGCCAGCGCCCCGGACCCGGACGAUGUCCGGCCUCUUAAACCAUGUCUGGUACGCCGCAACCACAGCCGUGAUCAAUACGGCCUGGCGGCCUCCAGCCUCGAGGAGCUAAGGAGCAAAGCCUGUGAAAUACUGGCCAUUGAUAGAUCCCUGACACCCAUCACCCUGGUCCUGGCAGAGGAUGGUACCAUCGUGGAUGAUGAUGAUUACUUCCUUUGCCUCCCUUCCAACACAAAGCUCGUGGCGCUGGCCUGCAAUGAGAAGUGGACAUACAACGAUUCGGAUGGAGGAACAGCCUGGGUUUCCCAAGAGUCCUUUGAUGCAGAUGAAACAGACAGCGGGGCAGGGGUCAAGUGGAAGAAUGUGGCCAGACAGUUGAAAGAGGAUCUGUCCAGCAUCAUCAUGCUGUCAGAAGAGGACCUCCAAGCACUCAUCGACAUCCCAUGUUCAGAGCUGGCUCAGGAACUCUGCCAAAGUUGUGCCACUGUCCAAGGGCUCCAGAACACACUCCAGCAGCUGCUUGACCAGAGAGAAGAGGCCCGCCAGUCCAAGCAGCUCCUGGAACUUUACCUGCAGGCCCUGGAGAAGGAGGGCAGCGUCCUGCCCAGCCAGGAAGAGGCCAAAACCAUCCUUGGUGAAGAAAUGGAUGCAGUUGACACAGGCAUCGGCAGAGAGAUGGCUUCAAAAGUGGCACUUACAAGCCAGAUCCUUACUGCACUGAAGGAGAAGCCUGCUCCAGAACUGAGUUUAUCUAGUCAGGAUUUGGAGCUGGUCUCCAGGGAGGACCCCGGAGCCCUGGCUGUCGCUCUGAGCUGGGACACAGAGAGGGCAGAGACAGUCCAGCGGGCCUGCAGCGCGGAACUCGCCCUGCGCUUGCAGCAAGUGCAGAGCUUGAGAUCCCUCAGGAAUCUUUCGGCACGGAAGAACCCACAGCCUGAGGAGCAGCAGAGCCCCAAACGAGCCAGACAAGACCCCGCCUAGCUCAACCGGACACAAACUUUGCUGAGGAGAACCCUUGGUUUUGUCAUGAGUGAACUCCUUUCCCCCCUGAUUUUACGGCCUACGUUCUACCUCCUGCCGCCCAGUAUGCUUUUCUAGCACAGGUGGCUUAUGCCCCUCCAGAAAAGCUGUUCCAAGUCCACACAUACACCCUUCUGCCUCCACCUAAUGUACUUAGAUUUCCGUCUU